AUGCUGCAUUCUCAUAUUCGGAAAGACGGAUUCGAGAGAAACCGAGAUUUGCUACCGAGGCUCAUUAAGCUUUACUCCGUCUGCGGCCGGAUUGACGACGCGAAGAAGCUGUUCGAUAGAAUGUCGAAGAGAAAUUCCGACGUGUUCUUCUGGACCUCGAUGAUUUGUGCGUAUGCCAAGAAUGGAAGUAUGAUGAGAUGUUUUGAGCUUUUCGUGCAAAUGCUCGAGCGUGGGGUGCGACCUGAUUCGUACACAUUUUCGGGAUUGAUGAAGGCUUCUGCUGAAUUUGGCUUCCUCGAAUUGACUCUGCAAUUGCAUUCGAUGGUAGUUAGGUGUGGCUGUGGUGGGUGUUUGUCCGUAGCGAAUUCACUCAUUCAUGCUUACGGGUCCUUUGGAGUUGUUCACGAAGCACGUAAGUUGUUUGAUAGAAUGGUUGUUCGAGAUGUUGCUUCUUGGUCUGCCAUGAUCCAGGCAUGUUCUUCCAUGGGAAGCUAUGCUGACUCGAUGGCAUUGUUCUCGAGAAUGCAGCUUGGGGACAGCCUCAAACCGAAUGAGCUUACUGUUGUUGCGCUGUUGCCUGCGUGUGGUUUCUUUUCUUCCUUGAGAAAAGGGCAAGCUGUUCAUGCUUAUGUCAUUAGGAAUGGAUAUGAAUCUAAUCUGAUCGUUGGCUCUGCUCUGGUAACGAUGUACUCCCGGUGUGGGGAUCCUGACGUUGCUUAUACGAUCUUUACUAGCUUUUACCAAAAGAAUCUUGUUUUAUGGACUUCAAUGAUCGAAGGUUUUGCAUUAAAUGGAAAGUAUGAUAUUGCUCUGAAUUUGUUCAAGAAAAUGCAAGACCAAGGGUUUCACCCAAAUUAUGUAACUUUAGUUGUGAUCCUGUCUGCAUGCAGCCAUGCUGGCUUCGUUGAUGAAGGUUUGCAAAUAUUUGAGACCAUGCAGGAGAAGUUUGGUGUGAAGGCUGGGGUUGAACAUUAUGCAUGUGUGGUGGAUAUGUUGGGGAGGGGAGGAAGACUAGACGAUGCUGAAAAGUUCAUAGAGAAUAUGGGCACGAGACCAAGUGGGAGUAUGCUUGGAUCAUUGCUUGGAGCAUGUCAGGUUCAUCGUAAUGUGGAGAUUGGUGAGAGAAUGGCCUACAGGCUUUUUGAACUUGAGCCUCAUAAUGCUGCUAACUAUGUAAUCCUUUCCAAUGUAUAUGCUGCGGUUGGACAAUGGCACAAUGUUGGAAGAGUGAGACAAAUGAUGAUCGCCAAAGGGUUAUUGAAAGAUUCUGGAUGUAGUUGGAUUGAGCUUAAAGACACAGUUUAUGUGUUUGGGGCGCAUGAUAGAUCACAUUGGGAGUCUGACAAGAUCUACAAAGUGCUGGAGGAAUUAAGUGAGGAGAUAGGCAGGGCAGGAUACAUGCCAGCCACAGAACAUGUGUUGCUUGAUGUGGAAGAGAAUGAAAAGAAGAAGUUGCUGUGUAGCCAUAGCGAGAGACUUGCAAUUGCUUUUGGGUUGCUGAAAGUGCCUCCGGAAAUGCCAAUAAGGAUUGCCAAGAACCUUCGAGUAUGUGACGAUUGCCAUGAAGCAAUCAAGCUUAUUUCGAGGGUCACUUCAAGGAAAUUUGUUGUCAGGGACACAAAUCGUUUUCAUCACUUUUAUAGGGGAUCUUGUUCUUGUGGAGAUUACUGGUGACACGAUGACAAGGGAAAGAUCAAGAACUACAAUAGGUGCUUUUGUUCUCUUCAAUAAUCAGUUAUAAGACUCUGUUGAGUUCUACAUGUAUUAUAGAGAAGACCACGGAGCAGCGAUAGCAGUUUAAUCUUUGUCUAACUGCAAGCAACUGGGAGCAUGAGUUCGAGAUGAUGAUAAAUUUGAACUGUUCAGCAUAAGUCUUUCUGUGACACGAUGAUUUGCAGGUUGGCCGAACUAUACUUGUUCAUUGUUGGAUGCUGUCUAGAUUGGCAUCAUUCAAAUCAGCACUAAAUUCUUUCGCCAGUAGUAUCAGCUCCAGUAUAAAUUUUUCUAGAGGUGGAAUGGGAGCUUUAAAGAUCAGACAUGGUUUAGAAGUGAAAAUGGAGAAAAGCCUCCUUGCAACAUUAGAUUUGGGUCAGAAUCCAAAGACUCCGCCAGCACAUAGGCACCAUGUCCGCCAAAGGUGGAUUUCUUUGCUAUCUCGACUGCUAUCUAAAUCUCCAAAAGACAUGCCGCAUAUGCAGCAGUGAGUUGCUGCAGCAAGUCAUGUCAUGUCGGUGGACGUUAGACCUUUGGCAAGAAGUAGUGAGAGUGUGUGAGAGAGAGAGAGAGAAGAAAUCAGUAGAUCACCAGCCUUGCCCAUGACCACCUCAGUCGAGCACCAGUAUAAAGAGAUGACUGUUGAUACAGCUUCUUCACCACCCAAGAUGGCUGGGAAUCCUAUUGCAGGCUUCUUAUUUCAAGUAGCAAUGUUGAGCUCCCUUCUAUGCUCAAGCAAUGGCCAUGGCCUCAAGAUGGGUUUCUACAAGCAGUCCUGCCCUCAAGCCGAGACGAUUGUUCGCACAACAGUGGACAGCUUCUUCUCCCACGACCCGACUGUGUCCGCUCCACUCCUCAGGCUGCACUUCCAUGAUUGUUUCGUGAGGGGAUGCGAUGGAUCGGUGCUGCUGAACUCCACCAGGAAGAACUUGGCGGAGAAGGACGCGAAGCCAAACCUAACACUCGAUGGCUUCUACGUGAUCGAUGCGGCCAAAGCAGCAUUAGAGGAAUCAUGCCCUGCCACGGUCUCCUGUGCAGAUAUCCUCGCCCUUGCAGCCAGAGAUGCAGUGUCCUUGGCUGCAGGUCUCGGGAAGGGGAUCGCCAUGACGAAUCAAAGCCUUUAUCAGGUCGAGACCGGACGAAGAGACGGGUUUGUAUCGAGAGCCUCCGAGGCAGAAGCUCAUCUGCCAUCUUCUUAUGCCAAUAUCUCUGCGCUCAAGGCAAAUUUUGGUUCCAAGAGACUCACCGCCCGAGACCUGGCAAUCUUAUCAGGAGCACAUGCCAUAGGGAACUCGCAUUGCUUCUCGUUCGACAAGAGGCUGAAGCGCUACCAUGGAAAAGGAGGGAUCGACCCGACCUUGGAUCCACACUAUGCCAUCAAGCUGAUAAGCAAAUGCAGGCCGAGCAACGGCACGACCACCGAGAUGGUGCCUGGAAGCUCGACGACGUUCGACACCAAGUACUACGAGCUGGUGGCCAAGAGAAGGGGGCUGUUCCACUCCGACGCUGCUCUGCUCCAUGACAAGGUGACCAGAGACUACGUCUUCUCCAGGCUCAAGUCACCUGAGUCCAGUUUCUUUGCUGAUUUCGGAUCAGCCAUGGUGAAGAUGGGGAAGGUUGGAGUGCUCACAGGCAAAGCAGGGGAGAUCAGGAAGAACUGUGCUCUGGUCAACCGCUAGUAGGAGCUUUGAAAUUGUUGCGGUUGUGUUGCGUCUUUCUUGCAUUCAGGAUUUUGUUGCUCUGUGGAGGUUAAUAUAUGCUAUUUGGUCUCAAAGUUCA